AGCUGGUUGUCAAAACAAUUUAGGUGCAGCUAAACUUGAAAACGGAUCGAAUUUUCAGAUUCCAAUUUUGUUCGCCUGGUGGUAAAUAAGUGAAAUUUCCGACUAAAUUGGUCGAAUAUCUAGUCAUAUUUAGUGCAAAAUGCCGGAGGAAUCCAAGACGGAAGGUGAAAUUGAAAAUGUUCGGGUGGUGGUUCGAGUUCGACCAAUGGAUAAAAAUGAAAUUGAAUCCGGUAGCCAGAACAUAAUCAAAACGGAUAAGUGCAACCGUUUCGUUACCGUGUACAAACCGAAUGCAAACUCUAGCGAACCUCCUAAGGUUUACUACUUCGACAAUGUGUUCGGCGAAGAAUCCACACAGAUCGAUUUAUACGUUGACACUGCCCGGCCAAUCGUCGACAAGGUUCUGGAAGGCUACAAUGGUACCAUCCUGGCGUACGGUCAAACCGGCACCGGUAAAACCUACACCAUGUCUGGCAAUCCGGAAUCUCCGCAAACAAAGGGCAUCAUACCGAACACGUUUGCCCAUAUUUUCGGGCACAUCGCCCGAGGUAAGGAGAACCAGAAGUUUUUGGUACGGGUAAGUUAUAUGGAGAUCUAUAACGAGGAGGUUCGCGAUUUGCUUGGCAAGGAAAUUAACAAAAGUCUGGAGGUAAAAGAACGUGCCGACAUUGGCGUGUUUGUGAAGGAUUUGAGCGGUUACGUGGUUCACAAUGCGGACGAUUUGGAUAAUAUUAUGAAGUUGGGCAACAAGAACCGAGUCGUUGGGGCUACCAAGAUGAAUUCGGAAUCUUCACGAUCGCAUGCUAUCUUUUCGAUUACGAUCGAAUCCAGUGAAACUGAUGAAAGUGGGAAGCAGUUCGUUAAAAUGGGAAAGUUGCAGUUGGUCGAUCUGGCAGGUUCGGAGAGACAGAGCAAAACUCAAUCAUCUGGAUUAAGAUUGAAGGAAGCGACGAAGAUCAAUUUGUCACUAUCGGUGUUGGGCAAUGUAAUUAGUGCCUUGGUGGAUGGAAAGAGCACUCACAUUCCGUAUCGUAACUCGAAGCUUACCAGAUUACUGCAAGAUUCACUUGGUGGUAAUAGUAAAACCGUCAUGUGUGCCAGUAUUAGUCCGGCUGAUUCGAACUACGUUGAAACGAUAUCUACACUGCGCUAUGCAUGUCGCGCUAAGAGCAUCCAGAAUUUGGCGCAUGUGAAUGACGAACCGAAGGAUGCAUUGUUGCGUCAUUUCCAAGAGGAAAUUAAGGAACUCAAGCGUCAACUGGAGGAAGGAACGUUUGUUAAUGGCAUUUGCACAGAUGAGGACGAUGAAGAAGCUGAAGAUGAAGAGGAGGAGGAAGAGGAAGAAGAAAUAGAAAUUGAUGAAGACAAAGAGAGAGAGCGUUUGGAAAAGAAGGAGAAAAAACGUCGAGAGAAAGCGAUGGAGAAGAAAGAGAAGGCUGAUGCAGAGAAGGAACUUCUGGAAAUGAAGGCAAUUGAAAAUGAGCAGGAAAUUAAGCGAGCAAAGUCCGAGCAAGAUCAACUACGUGCAAAACUUUCGUCGUUGGAAAACAAGAUUCUCGUGGGUGGUGAAAACUUACUAGAGAAAGCCCAAGCACAAGAGGUACUUUUGGAGAAGUCAAUUGCAGAGCUGGAGCGACGCACGAAAACUGAGCGUGAACUUGAAGAAAAUCUCCAAAAGAUCGAAGCCGAACGAAUCGAUAUAGAGGAACGUUACAGUUCGCUUCAGGAGGAGUGUGUUGGUAAAACCAAGAAAUUACAGCGCGUCAUGUCAAUGCUGAUGAGUAUCAAAUCAGAGCUGGCUGAUCAGCAGCAGGAACAACAGCGUGAAAAGGAAGGCAUUUAUGAAAACAUUCGUAGCCUUUCGCGGGAACUGGCACUUUGUGAGUUGGUAAUCAAUUCGUACAUUCCAAAAGAAUAUCAGAACAUGAUCGAAAAGUUCACCCACUGGAACGAGGACAUCGGAGAAUGGCAGCUCAAAUGCGUUGCCUACACGGGAAAUAAUAUGCGCAAAAAUGUAGCCGAGCCGAAAGUUAAUACCAAAGAAACGGAUCUGAUCGACUUGUCGCAUGUUUAUUUGAGCUACAAUACCGAUUCAGUCAUCGAACCCGUACGGGCCAAGACGGCUAGACCACGUACAUCAGGAAUAGCUCGCCCAACAACGGCCAGAAAGUAUUACUAAGUUGUAGGCACUCAAAUUUGUACUUUUAAAAACGCACAGCCGAAUGAUCAAGACUAUUAACUUUUCAUUUCCUCUAGGUGCACUCGUGUUGUUGUAUAUGUUUGUUUCUUUAGCGUGUAGGUUCGUCCAUUUACAAGUAAUCAAAACAUUCAUAGCUUUUUUAAGCCAUGUGCAAUUCUCUACUAGUCCAGUGGCGUCCGAAGACUUUAUUGUGUUUAUUUAAUUUUUUAUAGUCUCGUUUACUCUACCAUUGCUCAGGAGCAUUGAUAACAUAUGUAGAUUUGUUUGGUAAAGUGCAUCACAUUUUGAUCAGCUAACAACAUAGGACCUGAAAUGAUGCUGUGGGUUUGACAAUAUUCUCCGUGUAGGUUAUGUUAUGUUCAUAAUGAUUGAGCGUUCAGCUAGGUUGGGAACAUACACCUGUCCUGAUUGAUAUUUAUUUUAGAAAAGUAUUUUAUAUGAUUCGUGCUUAACAAUAUAAUAAGUGGACACCCCAAAAUCUGAUAUUUUUGCACUGAAAGGAAAUCACGUUUGUUAUGGACAUUGAAAAAUAGCAUGUUUAUAUAUGAAGGAUAGAGAUUAUCACGCUAACUCACAAAAACAAUGCUUGCAAAUAAGAUACUCACAUUGAUAUUUAUAUCCACACAUGAAAAAUAAAA